GUUGGACCCUUUUUACAUAAAUAUUUCCCCUCCACCCUCACCCCCUUUUCUCUUUACUUUCUUUCACACUUCCCUUAUUACACACUUCCUUCAAAAGCCAACUCUCUUUUUCUUUUCUCCUUUUUCUCUCUCAUUUCUUUCAAAAAAUUUCUCAAAUUCUAAUCAAGAAAACAUCAAAAUUUACAAUUUGGUGGGCUAAAUUAGCAAAGUAAUGAGUACUACAAGUGCAACAACAAUAGGAGGAAGAACCAAAUUCCCAUUCACAUCAACACAAUGGCAAGAACUUGAAGAUCAAGCUCUUAUUUACAAAUACAUGGCUGCUGGUGUUCCUAUUCCUCCUGAUCUUCUCUUCACCAUUAAACGUAGUCUUGACUCUUCUCUUUCCUCCAAGCUCUUCCCUUACCAACCUUCUCCUUUGGGAUGGAACCCAUAUCAAAUGGGUUAUGGGAAAAAAAUAGACCCAGAACCAGGAAGAUGCAGAAGAACAGAUGGGAAAAAAUGGAGGUGUUCAAAAGAAGCAUACCCUGAUUCAAAGUACUGUGAGAGGCACAUGCAUAGAGGCAAGAACCGUUCAAGAAAGCCUGUGGAAUCACCUUUGCCUACUACUACUACAUCUAAUGCUUCUAACAACAAUAAUAAUAUUAAUAAUAAUAAUUCUACCACUAAUUCACUUUCAGUUGCAGCAUCUUUGACUAAUCUCACUAAAAAUCCUUCUACUUCUCUUUUUUCUCUCCCUUCUUCUGAUUCCUCCUGUAAUUCCCAUCUCCUUUACCCCCAUUCUUCCUCCUACAAUCACAAAGAUUACAGGGAAAGAUAUUUUCAAGGAUUAAAAGAGGAAGUAGGGGAGCAUGCAUUUUUCACAGAGAGUUCAGGAUCAAACAUAAGAGGGUACAAUGGAUCUUCCAUGGAUGAAAAUUGGCAAAUUGGAGGUAACUUAGAUCAUCAUCAUCAUAACUCAAAACAAAGUGGUGGGUAUCCAAAUUACUUGCAACAACUUCAGAGUAAUAAUGGUGCAUCAACAAAGCAAGAUAAGCAAUGUUAUAUUUGGGGAAGAGAUUUCAAUUGUGAUUUGUCAAUGAAGGUUGAAGAUGAAAGGGAAAAUAGCUUUAAUGAAAAGACAACUCACCAUUUCUUUGAUGAAUGGCCUAUUAAGGGUAAUGGAAGAGGUGGGAGAGAGUCUUCUUGGCAUGAUUCUUCUUCAACUACUCAACUCUCCAUCUCUAUUCCUAGUUCUACUUCACAUCAUGAUUUCUUCCUUACCAAUUCUAGGGACCCCUAAAUUUAAUGGUUGAGUAUUUCAAGAGCUGGGUGUGAGUGGGACUCUGAAUCAAAGGUCACCAGAAAAAGAGAGCUGUCACAUACUGAAACUUGCUGGGUAGGUGUGAAUUGUGAUGUGGGGUUUUAUGUUCAGUCUGCUGUUAAUUUUAUUUUUUUUUUGAACUUUCUUACCCUUCUUUAUUUUCUUUUUUUUAACCUUUUGCUGAACACCUUCCUUUAUGUAUCUGUCAAUCUCUCUUUCUCUAUGUAAGUUGUGACUGAUAGGACUUGUUACUGGGCUAUAUGUUAGUAGGAGCAGAUAAAUACUUUUAUUGGUAGUUUUUUUUGCUUAUUGUGAUGACACUCUAACUAUGUGUCAUACUCGUUGUUUCUCUUUUUAACAAUCUUCUUUACAAAUUACACCACUAAAAAUAGGUUUAAAUAACCUUAG